AUGACAAUAAUAGACUUAGAAAUACUAUCAGACAUUAUAACGUUUGCUUCACACACUUCUCCUAACGUGUCACCCGAGAACACUCCUUUUUCGUUUCUAAGCCUAUUUCGUGCGUACGAUAUAGUGCUGCGAACGCGCAAAAUCGACCCAUCAACAGAUAAAAUCUAUUACAAGUUUUUGUUGAAAUUAUGUUGUGAGCCGGGUGAGAAUUGGGAAGAAAAGUUUGAGAAUGUCGUAAGGAAACUUGGAUUAAUUGCUCAGGAUGUAAAGCUCUACGAUCAAAUAAUCGAGCCAACUGAACCUUUCUCUAAUAACAUUAGGUCAUUUGAGAAUAUAAACAAAACUUCUGAAUUAUCAAUUAAGGAUUUUUCUACGAAUAAAAAAGAGAAGAUGAAAAGUGAUACGACUGCUCAACCGCAACUAAGCCUCCCAAUAAAAAAUACUGCAUCUGUGGGACCUGCAAAGCAUGAAUUUUUGUCAAUUGAGCAGCCAACAGCAGCCUUAAUACACCCACCGCCGCUGCCGCCUCCUCCUAUUCCAUUAAUUCAUUCUACCGAAGAUGGUACCAUAUCCAAAGAAAAUAAACUAUCGACAUCUGUAAGUAUAGAAACCACAAUAGUGACUAAACAACAACCGAUUAAUGUUGCUAUUACGUCUCAAGAUACCAAGCAGAAAGAUGCACUUUCAACUUCGUCUUUUGAGAAAAAACCAACUUUUGAGAAGGAUGAAUCUACAAGAGCCAACAAAAAUCAAAUAAUAACUAUGUCGACACAACAACCACCUAAGAAUGCGAUUUCUGCUCAAAUCAUCCAAACUGAGGCAUUGAAAAGUGAUGAUUUGGAUAAAAUCUCAUCAGUUCCAGAACAACUAGAAAAUCUUCGGGAUUGCUUUCGGGCUUGGCGAAGAUACACUUCUAUUAUUCGUAAAAGACGAACCCACAUAAUUAAACAAUGGCAAACAGCAUCCGAGCAUUAUAAAAAUAAAUUGUUGGCAAAAUGUAUGCAUCAAUGGCGAAUUGUAUAUGAGUAUCAAAAAGAGAAAAUAAAAAAUGCAGAUGACCAUUAUAAUAGAAAUUUACUGCGAAAGGCCUUUGAUUUUUGGCAAAGUCGAAAAAACAAACUUGUAUUAAAUGCACGCAAAUCUAUCGUUCACGAUCAGAAACGCAAAGUCAAUAAAUAUUUUCAACUUUGGAUUUCAAGUCUUACCAUGAUCAAUGAAUCACGACAAACUGUUGAGGAAAGAGUGGACAUGAAUGAAAACACACCGGAUUUGUUACGUGCUUGUCUUAAUAAAUGGCGUUUACGAUAUAAUGAGAGAGAAAUUUUGACUCUGCAAAACGACAAAUAUUAUUCAAGACAACUUGCAUUAGCAAGCAAAUAUAGCAUUUUAGACGUAAACAAUGAAGGAAACUUAACACAGGCGGCUUUUGAGCAAUGGAAAGACAAAUAUAACAAUUAUGUGUCGUUGAGUGAAAUGGCCGAAGAUGAUUAUAAUACGAAAUUGGUUGAAUUCGCCUUCUUACAUUGGAAAAGAGUGCUGAAACGGAAAAAGAAUAUGGAAAAUAGAGCAGAUCGGAAAUUAAAGGAAAAAUAUUUUGUCGAGUGGUUUACUAGGGCUUAUCAAAAAUGGAAAUGGCGACAACCUCGAAAGUUAGUUGUAAUAAAAAUUUUACAAGAAUGGCGUCGUUGGGCUAAAGAACGUCAUAAAGAAAGAAUAGCGUUAGAAAAGGCUGCAAAUACAAAAUCCGAUGCGAUAAUACAAAGAAAGUGUUUCAUACACUGGAUUCAGCGAUAUCAGACAUUGGAGAUCAUGGAAAGUCAAGGAAUUGCACGCUGGGAGAGUAACACGCUAUCUAGGAAAUCAUUCGCACAAUUAAAUUUAAUCUGGUCGAAAAAUCAAUUUUAUAAACAACAAGCGAGUUUCUUUGUCAACCAUUGGAUACUCAAAAGAACAUUUCGACAUAUGCGAGAAUAUCAUAAACAUAUUCAAGGUCAUGAUUUACAAUGCAUUGUACAAAUUGAAAAGAUUCGCUGUGAGCUAACUCGACGCGUUUUGCGUGUAUGGCUUGUUUCACUGUUACGAUAUCAAACUCGACAGGAAAAAGUAGAUAUUGCCUACAAGAGAAACCUAAGGCGAAAAUAUUUUAAUCAGUGGCAUCGUAAAAUGUGUUUUACACGUCAUCGACAAGUUACUAUAGUUGUACAAUCUAAAAUGCGAGAUCAAGCCAGAUAUUUUAAGAAAUGGAGAAAAGCAUAUCAGAAACAAACAGAAUUAACUCAAAAAGCGAAUGUUGCAAACAAUCUCCGUAUCGAGCGAAGCUUUUUCAAAUUUUGGAAACUUCGAUAUGCACAUUUGAAGAAAAUGGAGAAUUUGGCUAUCGAAAGUUAUAAUACUCAUAUCUCAGAUAUUGCAUUCAAUAUAUGGAAUAAAUGGAAAUCAAAAACAGUCGCCUACGAACUAACACUUGAACUAGCCCAGGAACACUACAACCACCGAUUACUCAUCCCAUCAUUCUUCAGAUGGUGUCAAAUCUGGCAAGUUCACGAACACGAUCGGGCAACUGCCUUGUCUCACUACGAGAGAAAAUUGUUUGUGGGAAUAUGGACGAAUAUGAGAGCACGAUAUCAUCGUAUUAUGGGCGACCGUUGGAAGAUAGAAGCAAAUGCUCGUUUAGUGCGGAACGUUGAUUUAAGACGGCAACGGGGCGCGUUUAUUGCUUGGCGCAUUUUUGUUAAAAGGCGAAAAGAAUUACGUCUUGUGCUUGUCAGUACAGUUCAGAUGUUACCAGAAAGAUUA